CUCUCACGCCGCACCGCUGCUGCUCAAUUCACUCGCUCCAGUCUCUCCCGGGCGGGUGACGCACCGCUCCAUAGCUCCGCACGCACACUUCGGUUCUCACAUCCAUUCAGAUCGACCUGGCCUCGCUGUCCAAAGAUGACCGUGAUUUUCACGGCGCCAUCCACGAGCCUAACCUCCUCCAACCGCGGAGAGUAGAUCCGGAGCCGAGGAGAGAGAGAGUCAACCCUCUCUCUCUUCUUCUCUCCCAUCAUCUGCCUCAGUCCUCUGGGCAACAACCCGACAGCCGAAGACGCAACGGAUCGCAAAUCUGACUGAAUCUACCGCUCGCCCACAAAAAAAUCUUGCUUUUCAGCUUAAAGACAGGUCUGGACGGGAUACCGUGGACGUAAUUUUUUACAAGGAUUCAUUUUUUCUGUAUUCGGUGAAGAUGGAUAAUAUAAACGUGGAGUCUGUGGAGAAAGAGUGCGGAGCGCUCGGGGGAUUAUUCCAGGCGAUUGUCAACGACAUGAAGUGCUCAUAUCCUGUGUGGGAAGACUUCAGUGCCAAGGCCAGCAAGCUGCACUCUCAACUCCGGACCACUGUGCUGGCAGCUGUGGCCUUCCUGGAUGCUUUUCAGAAGGUGGCAGAUAUGGCAACCAACACAAGAGGUGCCACCAGGGAUAUUGGAUCAGCGCUGACCCGGAUGUGUAUGAGACAUCGCAGCAUCGAGGCUAAACUACGCCAUUUUACUAAUGCUUUGAUGGAUAGCCUAAUAACCCCACUUCAGGACCGCAUUGAAGACUGGAAAAAAACAGCCAAUCAACUGGACAAGGACCAUGCCAAAGAAUACAAACGCUCUCGUCAUGAAAUAAAGAAGAAAUCUUCAGACACCAUUAAACUACAGAAGAAAGCCAGGAAAGAGCUACAGGGCCGUGGAGACCUACAGCCUCAGCUGGACAGUGCCAUGCAGGAUGUUAAUGACAUGUACCUAUUGAUGGAGGAGACAGAGAAGCAGGCGGUGCGGCGUGCCCUGGUGGAAGAGAGAGGACGUUUCUGUACCUUCAUCAGCUUCCUGCAGCCCGUCGUGAAUGGAGAGAUUGCCAUGCUGGGAGAGAUCACUCAUCUCCAGGCUAUUAUUGAUGACCUCACUGUUUUAACCUCUGAUCCCCACAAACUACCACCAGCCAGCGAGCAGGUUAUAAAAGAUCUUAAGGGGUCUGAUUAUUCCUGGUCCUACCAGACUCCCCCCUCCUCCCCCAGCAGCUCCGGCUCCAGGAAAAGCAGCAUGUGCAGCAGUGUUAACAGUGCCCACAGUAGCGCCUCUCGGUCCUCUGGGGGCUCUCAGACUCACUCACCCGGUUCGUCCUGUCGCUACCGCAGCCUGGCCCAGCCGAUGACCACUGCCGCCCACCGCCUCAGCAGCGUCUCCUCCCAUGACUCCGGCUUCAUCUCACAGGACGCCAAUGCUUAUUCCAAACCCCCGUCACCAAUGCCCUCUGAUAUAACCAGCCAGAAAUCAUCGAGUUCAGCAUCUUCAGAGGCGUCUGAGACCUGUCAAUCAGUUAGUGAGUGUAGCUCACCUACUACAUUUGGCUCGUCCUUCGCUACCUUCCGCCCUGCUCUCUCUCACACUGGCUCCAUCAGGCCUUUCUUUGUCAUACUUCCUGCGUCCCCACCCUUUAACCGCUCCCCUGGAUCCAACACACCCUCUCCCACAUCUUGCUGGAAGGAUUGGUCCAAGGUAGCUUCCAAUGAGCAGCCAUUAGCCAGCACAAUUCAGAGGAGGAAAGAGGCUGAUAGGCUGAGGGAGGCAGAAACCUCUCCUCAGUCUCAGGGAUAUUCUGGGAUGCAUUCAGAAGACCCUCAGAGACCAAGGAUGACCCCGGCUACUAUAGCUGCGAAGCAUGGGGAGGAGGUCUCUCCAGCUGCUAGUGAUCUGGCCAUGGUGUUGACACGAGGACUCAGCAUGGAGCAGCAGAAGAGCAGCCGAGAUUCCCUUCAGUAUUCCAGUGGAUACAGCACACAGACCACCACACCAUCUUGUUCAGAAGAUACUAUCCCCUCACAGGGCUCUGAUUAUGAUGCCUAUUCAGUCAAUGGAGACACGGAGGCCGAUGGCCAAGCUGAAUUCGAUAAAUCCUCCACAAUUCCCCGUCACAGUAAUAUCGCUCAGAACUACCGGCGCAUGAUACAGACUAAACGCCCCGCCAGCACUGCAGGCCUGCCAAGCGGAAUCGGUGCUCUGGGUGGACCACCUGGGGGAGGCGGUGGGGGUGGUUUGCACGGCACCGCCACCAUUCGCAGAACGCCAUCUACCAAGCCCGGAGUGAGACGCACCCUCUCCAACGCUGGCCCUAUACCUAUUCGCCCACCCAUUGUGCCAGUUAAGACCCCCACUGUGCCUGACUCGCCCGGCGGAUACAUAGGCCCCCCCGCCCGUGUGGGUAGCGAAGAAUGUGUCUUUUAUGUGCCAGACGACGGCUCCCCGGGGGCUCUGGAGUACGUCAAGGCCUCUCCAAAACGCUUGAGCUUGCCCAACACGGCCUGGGGCGCUGGGGGCGUGGGCGGUUUGGAGAUGAGCGUGUACAGCCAAGCGGGUGAAGAGGAUCAUCUUCUGGCCGCCAACCGUCAUAGUUUGGUGGAGAAGAUCGGGGAGCUGGUGGCCAGCGCUCAUGCCAUAGGCGAGGGCCAGUUUCCUUUCCCCUCAAUUCCGAAUCAGCCCCCUCCAGGCCCCGAGUCCCAGCCUGACCCGGAAGAGGGUGAGGACAUGCUGGUGUCUAUCCGUCGAGGCGUCCGACUGCGCAAAACCGUCUCCAACGAUCGCUCCGCGCCACGGAUUUUGUGAUGGCUCAUGGAGAAACAAGACCGAAGAAAACUUCGAGUUGACUCUUUAGCAAAUGAGCUUGAAGAGGAUAAAAAAAAUCAAUAAAUGUUUAAAGUCAAUAGAGCAAAUACGUGAUGAAAUAAUGAAUAACAAUAAUGAAAAAAGUUAAUGAUAUGUAACAGCAGGCCGAGGCCAAUAUAACUCGUAGCGUGUCCGAACGCAUGUUUGUCUUAUUAACACGCCCAUCACCACGGGAUAGUUGAACUGUAGUGAGACAAUGAACUACUGAAAGAAUCCCGGACCAGGAUGUUGGAGGAUUUUCUGGCCCUCUAUGGUCCCCCUUAAAUAACAGCCACCCCAAACUAUGGACCCCAGGAAUCAGUGCCGGAGAAGCUCAUCUUUAUUUCAGGGGCGUUUCUCAAAUCCUGCCCUCCACAACACCUUGUUUAACCCCGUCCCCACCUCCAGUGAAUAUGAUAUCACAUUUUGAAAGUGUUUAUGGUGUUUGGUCUGAUAGUCGAGCUGGAGGUGGGCUGGGUUCUGCUGCAGGUCAGCUUGUGGUUGGCGUAGAGGGACGGGAUUUAUAUUUUGUUUAUACGCUUCUGUUGUAUUCUGUUUUUUCUUGUUUGCUUUAUUUACCAGACGAGCAGUUAAUCCACCUAACUCUUAGUAGUAUGUUUGUGUCAGGUUUAUGGAUUUGUGGAGUUAAGGUGAGAAACCGCCGUGAUAAUAUGGAGCAAUAAUGUUUUUUUCCCUUUUUUUCGAUGAUAGGGGAAGGUUCAGCUUUUAAUAAAGCUGUAUGGUUUCAGGUGUCUUCAGAAGCUUUUGAAGACGGUUACUUCUUGUUUAAUAAGUGUGGCUUAUUUAAGUAAAUAAGGAUGAGAAAUGAGCACUUUUAAGGUGAAGUUUUGACCACUAGUUGUCACUGUGGCCACACUGUGUGUGGUGAAUGCUGUGAGAGGACGCGGUCCCAUGCCCUGCGACACACAGAGAUGAUGCGUAUGAUGAUGUCAGAGAGAGAGACAGGACGUGAGGCAGAGAUGGGAAGAAUCAGAAGAAUGAUUUGGAAAGUAAGUUGAGUGAUAUAUUUAAUUUCCGAUUUGAGUUUGUAAAAUAUAUUUUUUCAGGAACUUGUUGAAAGAGCUUAGAUGAAGGCACAUACCUGGCUGCCAUUUUUGGGGACUUAACGGAUCUGCGGAAGGGAAGAAGGGACGAAAAAACGAGAGAAUGAACUCGAGGAGGAAAACUCAUCCAGUUAUUUAUGAUAAAAGCAUUCCACUGCCUGUCAUAGAUGACAUAGGAAUAAAAACCGACCAAUCGGAAAGUCGCUGGUUACUCUGAGCAUCGUUAUUUACCACAGUACUGUAACCGGAACGGUGAUUCCCUGUUAUCACCUGACGGGAGGAACACAAUGCUCUGAUGAUACUGGAUGGUGAUAUAGGAGGUCAAAACAUAGUUUUAGUCCUGUAGUGUCUGUUUGUGAGUGACUUUCUGUUCUCCCAAGACUCCCUGUCAACCCUGCAGUCAUAAAUAGUGUUGUUGCUUGAGAAAUCCACGACAAACGUCAGCCGCUUACUAAUUUCUUCCUGACUUUCGAUUCGCUUUUAUUUAUUUUGCGUAAGUGGAGCACUCUGUUGUAGGAAUGCCUGUAGCAUAAAAAACGAACUAUGUACAUCUGCUUUGCCACAGUGAGUAUGGAUGUGCGUGACUGUUCUAACUUCUGGUGAAAAUAGUGCUGUUCUGGAACACUUGGACCAUAAUCGAGCAAGAUGAAACGAAAGAACAGGGCUAACACUAUUUAAAGGGACAGUUCACACAAAAAAAAUACUGUCAUUUAGUCACCCUUGAGUUAUUCCUAACCUGUAUAAAUGUCUUUUUUCUGAUAUGAAUACAGAAAAAGAUAUUUGGAAGAAUGCUUGUAACCAAACGGUUCUCGGAUUCCAUUGACUUCCAUAGUAGGAAAAAUUACUACGGUAGUCAAAAGUUCCCCAGAACUGUUUGCUUCGCUACAUUCUUCAAAAUAUCUUCUUUUGUGUUCAACAGAACAAACUAAAUUUGUCCAACCAUGGUAGUCCUCGGGGUUCCACGAACUGUUUGGUUACAAGCUUUCUUCAAAAUAUCUUUCUCUGUGUUCAUCAGAACGAAGAAAUUUAUACAGAUUUACAACAACUGGAGUGUGAGUAAAUAAAGACAGACAUUUUAUGGGUAAACUGUUCCUUUAAGGCCAACAAUGAAAGAGCAGAACAUAAUUCUGUAUAUAUUCAUACACUUGCACAUACAACGUAAGUAGGUGGACAGUCUCAAUGUCUCUUAAGUUUCAAGUUAGACAAAAAAGCAUUAUGUAUUAUUUACAUAUGCAGAGCAUGCAUGCAGAACUUCAUUUUGCUGGUUUUCAUGGCAGAGUUAGUGCAAGUGAAAGAGACUUGAAUGGUUAAGAAUGAGAAAGUAGAAUGAGGUGAGAAAGAUGAGGCCGGUGGACAGUAAUUGGUGAGAGAAACAGAAAGGCAGCGGAGCGGAGAGGAGGUGAAGAGGAAAUAAGAGAGAAGAGUCUGAUUGCAUGUAGUCGGCUCACUGUUGUCUCUUUAUUGUAAUGUCAGUCUCAGCGGGGUUCUGCCCCCGAGGUCAUGAAGCACGAUGACAGUUAAAAGCCCCCGGAGGAAACUGGGGGAUGGAAGAAAAACAAUCUGUCACUUCUCAGCUGUCAGCGUCUCGAUACCCACCCACAUGCAGCAGCGUCGACUCUUUUGGUUCUCAGGUGAUUAUUCGGGCGUUUGUGCAGCCAUGUUUAACAUUACUCAUGUCGCGCUCAUCUGUCUCCUGCUGUACGUCAUGAUGUGCUAUGCGUAGGUGUCCGUAUGUUCGUAUGUUAGACCUCACAGAUUAGCUGUGAAAAUGAAAUCAUUGGCCUGUUUUCUAAAGCUCAGGAUUCACAGAUAGUGAAAGAUGUGGUUUAGAAACGUGUUCUUUGGUGGUGUGUAUGUUUCUUUUUGAGGGCAAUAAUUUGACAUUUGUUUAAUCUAACAUGGUCUCACAACUGAUUGCUCUGUUGUAAACGUAGGCUUUUUUGCCACCCCCCCCACACACACACACAAACACAUAUUAAAAGAAACAAGUGGCUUUAUUUCUGCCUGUGCGUAUAAUUUGUUAAGCCAAACUAAUGCCAAAUAGAAGUGAAUUGGCCAACCUGGUUGUUUACGUUGAGUAACAACUAACCAAAUGAUGUAUAGAGUUAGCGCACAAUCAUUAAAUAUAACGUCAGCCUUAUGCAACUUUAUGCCUUUGACAUUCACGUGCUAUAACCCUCAGUAACUUUUCACCAUCUGCGGUUUCAUUUCCAAUCGUGUAUCACACCUCUCACAUAACCGUAGACAAUACAUGAGCAUGUGGCACCGCCAACCGAGGGACGAAAUACUAAUUUAGACUGGAACACUCGCAUCCCCCUCCUCGCGUUCCAUUCCUCGAAGAUGCCCUGAUAGACACCUGUCUCCCACGCUCAGUUCAGCCACGACAUCGCAAUCUCCCCUCGCUGCCUUGGUCGUGUGCUCGCGGAGGACUUGGAAAGCGGGUGUCAUGGAAACUGAAAUGGGUGUCUUAAGCUAUCAGACUGACUCACAGUCUCUUCUUUGCUGCUCACACACAUACACACACAAGGAGCAUCACGCACUCCCUCGUUUCCCCAAACUUCAUAACAGUCCUAAAAAAGCAGGCUUCAUAGCUCAACACAUUUAGCCAGUGUAUUUUAUUACGUUUCAUAAUUUCAUACUUGUGUACAAGAUUAAUGUGCAUUUGUUUUUUGAACAAGCCAAGCCCCUUCCUCUGAAUUAAAUAAUGCUACAGGUGAUGUUGUCUUUGUUUCUGCUUCCUCUCUUACGCUCCUUAAUUUAUUGUGCCGUUUUCCUAAAGCUAUUUUGCCACUGUUGUUGAUAACAUUAUUUCCUUUUUGGUCAUAUUUAUCCUUCUAAUUUUGUUAAGUUUAGUCACAGCUAUGUAACACAACACACUGUGAUGAUUCCAGUAUUAAUAAAGUUGUACUUAAACUGUG